AUGACUUCGAGUCUAUCUACGACGCAGAGCGCCGAGGAGGAUGCAGACAGCGACGAGGAGGAUGUGGCAGAUGGAGAUCUGUCAGCAGUGAAGCCUGGCAUGCUGGAGCCUUGCAAGAUGGUCCUCAUUGUGCGGACAGACUUGGGGAUGUCCACUGGGAAGAUUGCAGCGCAGCACGCGACCCUCGCAUGUUACCGAGCGCUAGAGAAGUCCAACCCUGCCCUUUUGAAACACUGGGAGCGGACGGGUCAAGCCAAAAUCGCGUUGAAGGCCAGAUCAGAAGAUGAGCUGUUAGAGCUUGAGGCGAUCGCAAAGAGCCUCAACCUCGCUGCCCGGUCGAUUGUCGAUGCCGGGAGGACAGAGAUUGCUGCAGGCUCGCGCACGGUGCUCGGGAUUGGUCCUGGACCUGUCGACCUUGUCAACAAGGUAACUGGGAAAUUGCGUCUGCUGUGA